AUGCAAAUCCGAGUUCUUCUGCUUCUUGUAGCGGCUGUCCGCGCCAUUCCACUGGCUACAAGUGGUGAUGUGACUGAUGCCGACGAGGCCGUUGCUUAUCCAGCACAAGUAGAUCAAUCUUGGGUCGAUACUACUCGUCGUUCCGUGGACGCAGAUGAGGCUGUUGCUUAUCCCGCCCAGGUUGACCAGUCCUGGGUCGAUUCUGAUGCAUAA